AUGGACGUGGUGACGCCGCACAUCAGCUCCGUGCUGAAGACGUACCAGGCCAGCGCGCCGCGCAGCCUGCAGGGCCCGGGCCGAGGGCGCGCCGCGCCGCCUCCCGCGCCGCCCCCGCCGCCGCCCGCCGCGCCCGUCGCGCCACCCAUACUGCUCACCCCCGACCCGGUGCUGGGCGAGCGCGGCGAGACGCUGCUGGAGGGCGAGCCCAUCUCUUGCUUCAGCGUGGGCGGCGAGCGGCGCCUCUGCCUGCCCCAAAUCCUCACCUCCGUGCUGACGGACUUCAGCCUCGAACAGAUAAACCGCGUGUGCGACGAACUGCAGAUCUACUGCUCGCGGUGCACCCCUGAGCAGCUGCACGAACUGAAGUCGACCGGAGUGUUGCCGCGCUCGGCGCCCUCUUGCGGGUUGAUCACGCAGACGGACGCGGAACGGCUAUGCGCGGCCUUACUGCACGCGCCGGCUGCCGCGCGCCCUCACAAGUUGCCGGGCUUCCGCGUUUACCACGAGUGCUUCGGAGGCGCACGCGGCGUUUGCGCGCCCGAAAUCGGUCUUGUUCAGUGCACGGAAUGCCGGGCGUUGUACGGGCCCCGAAGGUUUGUGUGUCACACGCACGCCACCGAGCACCGCACUUGCCACUGGGGCUUCGAUUCGUCGCGCUGGCGACGUUUCCUGCUGGUGGCGGAUGAGGAAAGCGAGCAGGAGAAAUGCGCGGCGUUGCUGGACGACUUGGCCGCGCGUGACCACGCCAAGAUGCACGCGCCGCUUAAAAGGAAACAGGUUGUGGAGACAGUCGUCUGCAAACCGGAACCUCCGGAGUCCCCGCCGAAAAAGGCGCGGAACGAAGACUAUAGCUAUGCGCUAUACUUAGACCCGUUCGCUCACCUUCAUUACCGUCCUGCACCAACGUUCAGGCCAUGGGGAAAGAGUGAGCCAGUAUUGCAAAACCCCGAAAGAGUCGUCAGAGUAGCCGAUUGCACCAGAUUCGAGCGGGAUUUCCAGCCCAACGUUGCUCUCAAACCGUUAACUCCUCCGAUAGAUGAUGUGACGUCAUCAACUUCUCCGCCGCCGCACACAGAUUGUGAAAUAACGGCAAGGCUAUUGGAUGCAGAAGCAACACUCGCUGAACGCGUGAGAAGGUUAGAAGAGAGAGAGGCCGAACUGGCCCGACGUGAAGCUAGACUAGAAGAAAGAGAGAGGGAGCUAGAAAGGCGCGAGCGGGCAGCAGAAGAGACGGAGUCAGAAAAGAAACCCGAGUCAAAUGCGUCGUCGCCAAAACAAGAAGAAGCGGAACCUCCGCCAUGUUGA